CGCUGAUGCCGUGGUCAGUGAAUGGAAACCUGGCAGCUCUGUUGCACCGUUUCUGCAAAGUAAGCAUGUGCACUGAAGAGGUUUCCCUUAAUUGAAGGAAACGCCGCAGCAGGAUGAAGUUAAGAUUCUUUAGACUCUGUUGGAAUACUACGUAGAAGACAAGCGCUUUUUUGGAGUACCAGAAGUUAGAUGGAGAAGAUAUCCCACCAGCCACUUCACUCCUAAUAGAGUCCCACGGACAAGGAACGCACUAGGACCUCCCAAGUCCCUCGAGUCCUUCAAACCCAUCUGGAAACCUUUCUCACCGGGAGCACCCGGUCUCAAACGUGUCUUCUUCUUUUUUUGUACUGUACUGCCUCCUGCUGGAGCAAUGGAAAACAAAGAAAUACUCGACCAUUACAAUUACACUGGAAAGCUGGGCAAUCGGAACAACAACACAGGGACUUUUUUAGGUCCUGAGAAAGUGGUGUUCCUGAUUAUAUGCAACUUCAUAGUACUGGAAAACAUGAUAGUGCUGAUAGCCAUCUGGAAAAACCACAAAUUCCACAGUCGCAUGUACUUUUUCAUUGGGAAUCUGGCGCUGUGUGACCUGCUCGCCGCUGUGACGUACAUUGUAAAUCUGUUGCUGUCCGGGGAAAGAAGUCUUCACCUUUCAAUAAAAUCGUGGUUCAUACGGGAAGGGAGUGUAUUUGUAGCUCUCGGAGCGUCCAUCUUCAGUCUGCUGGCUAUUGCUAUCGAAAGGCAUCUGACCAUGAUCAAAAUGAGGCCUUACGACUCCACCAAAAACUACAGAGUGUUUCUGCUCAUAGGGACAUGCUGGCUGAUCGCUGUGGCCCUCGGUGUGUUGCCCAUCCUCGGCUGGAACUGCCGAAAGAACCUUCCCGACUGUUCAGUCGUUUUACCUCUCUAUACAAAAAAAUAUGUGGCGUUCUGCAUCAGCAUCUUUAUGGUCUUGCUCUUGGCCAUCUCCAUACUGUACGCUCGCAUUUACAUCCUGGUGAAGUCCAGCAGCCGCAAGGUGACGAAGCACAGCAACUCUGAGCACGCCAUGGCCUUGUUGCGGACGGUCAUCAUCGUGGUCGGGAUAUUUAUCGUAUGCUGGAUGCCACUUUUUGUCCUCCUGCUCAUUGAUGUGGCGUGCAAGCCGAAGCAGUGCUCCAUCCUGCUCAAAGCCGACUGGUUCAUCGCUCUGGCUAUGAUCAACUCGGCUAUGAACCCCAUGAUCUACACACUGGCGAGCAAGGAGAUGCGGAGGGCGUUCAUCAAGCUUCUGUGCGGAUGUGCAGCUACACCAUGUUCCAAGUACUUGAAUGGAGAAGGGAGCAGGAGUAAGAGCUCUAGUCAAGGUCAGAAACCAGCUGAAGAUCAGGGGAAAUAAGGGAACGUCGUCACUUAACCAUCACAGAAACCUCAGACUUUUGGAUCCAACAAUCCAUUUAAUUCCAGAGUUUAACUUCGGGAACAGAAGGUGGAGAUCUCCGUUUUUGCUCACGUCACAGAGUGGAUCAGGCAGCUAACGUCAGACCCGGCAGUGGAUUCCAGUUCUGACUCUAAUAUUCACCAAAACAUGCAUUCACUUAACGACUUUUAUACUUCCGUGCUUUAUGAACACCACAUACCUGUAUACACCAAUCACACAUCAAACUGCCAGCGUAUAUAUAUCUUGUUUUUGUAACUAAAAUCUAUUUACAACCUUUUAGAUUCUCUAAAUGCAUGCUUAUUCUAAACUCAGACACCAACCCUGAAGUCGUUCUUGUCUGGAACAAGGAAACAUUCGAAACCAUUAAACCAAGUCUUUUAAUCUUUUUUUUUUUGCUUGUUACUGUAUAUAAAGUGCUCUUGCAUCUUGUAAUUUCUUUGUCCAUGAUUAGUCAUUUCUGCUCCACAGGGCUGACAGAAGAUUUCCAGACGGUUGUGGGGAAAAAAACCCGACAAGGCUGCCUCGGGUUCCCUUCUUUGUCACACUGUUUGGUUUGUGUUUAGGCAAAUGAGACGGCAGCUUAAACUGGAUGAACUUUGAAGGUUGAACAUGAAAGACCGAUUCCAUGUCGCUGAUACAGGUGUAUCCAUACAAACAGGUGCAGACUCAAUAAUGUAGCUAUACUGUACUUAAUUUAGACCCGGUUUGACAUUUCACAGAAAUUUCUUCUACUUACACCGAUCAGCCGUAACAUUACAACGAAAAACAUUAGGCCACGUAUUGUGUACAAUUGUGUACAGUAGAUUCCAAUUUGGCCCACCGUGCCAUGACUCGAUCCUUGUGGUGCUGUGGAUCGAACUUGUUUCACUUGUGCAUCUCAUACUGUAGGUGUGCGAUUAUAAUGGGGAAUUUGGAGGCUGUGUAGGCAGUCUUGGGCUCUUUGCCUGCUGGGCUCCGUGCUCGGUGGGCCGUGGUGUACUGGGUAUUCUGGUGUCUUUCUAUCGUGACCAUCAUUGGCAUUUUUCCAUGAUUUGUGCAGCAAUGACUUUUCCGUGAGACCUGAUCAAACCGGACAGA